CUCGUGGGAGGUCAUGCGUGUAUUUAUAGCCCUUUAGCAAAUUUAUAUAUAGACUUGUUGAAAUCGUGUUUAUAUUAAGCCUAGACAGCUAUAAUGAUUGUCAUAAAUAGGUAGUUAUUAGGCUAUUGUUACACAGAUAUCAUAUAAUAAUAUCUAAGCUAUUAUUUGCUAAUUACUAUAACAAACCAUUUUGAAUUAAGCUCAUUUAGUCAAUUAAACAUUUAAUAUGAUUUAUUUAAAUCCAUGAGCAUUUUUGCUCAACGAGAGUUCGGCUCUGCACCCAGAUUUGGUCCCUCCAGCAGAUCCAGAUACCAGAUGGCCGCUGAACUAAGCGUCAGUCCGGGGUCCGCUCCGGGGCUCCCUCCCGAUUGCCCUCCACGCGUGAAGAAUCCGCGACACAUUUUGUCAGCAGCCACCGAGCAUGGGUCCCUUCGGUAAUAGAAUAGCCAAUGUAAUUUGACACUUCAACUUACUGCGCUCUCUCUGAGUCUAUUCAGUUAUUCACCCGCUGACGCUGAGUCCAUUCUCAGUGGCCGUAAGAAGGGGGAAGAUAUUAAAAAAAAGAAAAGAAACAAGAGCCGAAUAUUUCCAGAGGACUUUCUCCGCUUGGUAACCCGGGGUUGAAGACGUGAGGUGCUGGGGUGUUUUUCCUCCACAUGUGUGAAUGGGUGGGGGGGUCCUUCGUGGUGACAAAUCAAGGAUUGAAAAUCAACAAAGAACUCGCCAGUUUAAUGGCUGGCAGGUAGAGGCCAAAGAAGGACAAUCAACAUGAACUCGAUUCCAUCGAUGGACAGACACAUACAGCAGACAAAUGACCGUCUGCAGUGUAUCAAACAGCACUUACAAAAUCCAGCAAAUUUCCAAACAGCAGCAACCGAGCUGCUGGACUGGUGUGGUGACCCCCGAGCAUUCCAGCGGCCCUUCGAGCAAAGCCUGAUGGGAUGUCUGACAGUGGUCAGCCGUGUAGCAGCACAGCAGGGCUUUGACUUGGACCUGGGCUACCGGCUCCUGGCCGUGUGCGCUGCCAACAGGGACAAGUUCACUCCAAAAUCAGCAGCUCUUCUGUCCUCGUGGUGUGAGGAACUGGGACGUCUCCUCCUCCUCCGUCACCAGAAGAACAGACAGAACGAGCCUCCGGGAAAAGUGCCCAUGCAGCCCCCCAUGAGUUCCAUGAAGCCCGGCCUCUCACACGGAGAUGGGUCUUUUCCAUAUGACUCGGUUCCCUGGCAACAAAAUACCAAUCAGCCUCCAGGUUCAGUGUCCGUGGUGACCACCGUCUGGGGCGUGACCAACACUUCACAGAGCCAGGUGUUGGGGAAUCCCAUGGCCAACAACAACAAUCCCAUGAACCCUGGGGGUAGCCCUAUGGGCUCGGGUAUGUCUGGUAGCAAUCCAGGAAUGAACUCUGCUCAGUUCCCCGGUCCACAGCAGCAGUUUCCCAACAAAGGCAACUCCAACCAGGGCUACAUGCAGCAGGGUAUGUACGGGCGACCCAACUACCCAGGAGGAGGAGGCUUUGGUGGAACUUACCCUGGAGGGCCGAAUGCUGGACCUGGCGGGAUGGGCAUCCCUCCACACUCUCGUCCUCCCUCGGAUUUCACCCAGCCUGCUGCUGCUGCUGCAGCCGCUGCAGUUGCUGCCGCUGCUGCCACUGCAACUGCCACUGCCACAGCGACUGUAGCUGCCUUGCAGGAAACCCAAAACAAGGACAUGAACCAAUACGGACCGAUGAGUUCCUCUUUCCAGAUGGGACCAAACCAGGCAUACAACAGCCAGUUCAUGAACCAGCCAGGACCCCGUGGCCCUCCAUCGCUCCCUGGAAACAUGGGUACAGGCAUGAAUGCCUCCAAUAUGAGCAGUCCACCAAUGGGAAUGAACCAACCUAGGGGCCAAGGCAUGGGGCCUUUUGGGGCCCACGGGCAAAGGAUGCCUCAGCAAGGCUAUGCAGGGCCCCGGCCACAGGGAAUGGGAAUGCAGGGCAUGAAAAGACCGUACCCUGGGGAGCCAAAUUAUGGUGGACAGCAGUAUGGACCAAACAACCAGUUCCCCAACCAGCAGGGGCAAUACCCCACUCCCAAUGCUUCCAGGCCACUGCCGUCCCCUAACUAUCCCGGCCAGAGGAUGCCAGGGCAGCAGCUGCAGGGCCAAUACCCACCGCCCGGUGGCCCUAUGGGCCAGUACUAUAAGCAAGAGCCACCUUUCAAUGGCCAAACAAAUAACUUUUCUGGGAGUGGAUACCAGUACAACCAGGGUAACAUAAAUGGGCCUCCAAGACCAGUGGGUAACUAUCCUCACUCCCCAGUGCCAGGCAACCCCACCCCUCCAAUGACCCCAGGAAGUAACAUCCCUCCAUACUUGUCACCAAACCAGGACGUGAAGCCGCCCUUCCCUCCUGACAUCAAACCAAAUAUCACUGCCCUCCCUCCCCCUCCAGCUAACCACAACGAAGAGCUGCGCCUGACGUUCCCUGUGCGGGACGGGGUUGUCCUAGAGCCCUUCAGGCUAGAGCAUAACCUGGCUGUCAGCAACCACGUCUUCCACUUACGGCCCUCUGUUCAUCAAACACUCAUGUGGAGAUCGGACCUGGAGCUGCAGUUUAAGUGCUACCACCACGAGGACCGUCAGAUGAAUACCAACUGGCCGGCAUCGGUCCAAGUCAGUGUUAAUGCCACGCCGCUCACUAUCGAGCGUGGUGACAACAAAACCUCCCACAAACCUCUGCACUUAAAACACGUAUGCCAGCCAGGAAGAAACACAAUCCAGAUCACAGUGACUGCCUGCUGCUGUUCGCAUUUGUUUGUGCUACAGCUGGUCCACAGGCCCUCAGUUCGCUCUGUCCUGCAGGGCCUAUUGAAGAAGAGGCUCCUUCCUGCAGAGCACUGCAUCACCAAAGUUAAGAGAAAUUUCAGCAGCGUGGCAGCAUCAUCGGGCAAUGCCACACUCAACGGAGAAGACGGCGUAGAGCAGACGGCCAUUAAGGUUUCCCUCAAAUGUCCAAUCACCUUCCGACGAAUACAGCUUCCAGCGAGAGGCCAUGACUGCAAACAUGUUCAGUGUUUUGAUUUGGAAUCAUAUUUACAACUGAACUGUGAGCGGGGAACAUGGCGAUGUCCUGUAUGCAAUAAAACAGCGUUGUUAGAAGGACUCGAAGUGGACCAGUAUAUGUGGGGAAUCCUGAACGCCAUUCAAAAUUCUGAGUUUGAGGAGGUCACAAUUGACCCCACGUGUAGUUGGCGGCCGGUGGCUAUUAAAUCUGACAUCCAUAUCAAGGAGGAUCCAGACGGACCACUGGCCAAAAGGUUUAAGACAAUGAGUCCAAGCCAGAUGAUCAUGCCCAAUGUAAUAGAGAUGAUCGCUCAACUUGGCCCUGGUCCAUCGCCGUACCCAUCCAUGCCCUCUGGCCAAGGUGGAAACAACAGUGAAUACAUUAGUCAAGGUAACAGUUACCCAGGGCAUGGGAACUUUGACUUUCCUCAUGGAGCCCCAGGUGGUACAUCGAUGAAUGACUUCAUGCAUGGCCCCCAGCUGUCUCACCCACCUGACAUGCCCAACAGCCUGAUGACACAAGACAAGCCACUGUCCCAUAGCAUGCCUGACUCAAUACCUCAUUCUGCCGGCACUGACCAGUCACACGGGCCGAUGCAGCAGAGCCUACAUGCGUCUCCACACCCUGGGAGUCAAUCAGGGCAGCAGCUACACCACAGUGGGCCUCCUCAGCCCUCAAGGCAAGCUCCACCCUCUCAACAACCACCACCGCAGCAGCAACAGCCGCAGCAGCCUGGCCCUAGCGCCCAUCCCCACAACGACCUGGCCUUCAACCCAUCCAGCAGUUUGGACAGUCAAGCGGGGUCGGAUAUGCCUGAGCCAUCGUUAGACCUUCUUCCUGAGCUCGCCAACCCAGACGAACUGUUGUCAUACCUGGAUCCCCCAGACCUCCCCAGCAAUAGCAACGAUGACCUUCUGUCACUUUUCGAAAACAACUGAGGCGUUUCAGGCACACAAACUUUUCCAACUGCCUGCAGCUUCCCCGAGAACCCAAGGCGGUCACUCAGUACUUGAUAAACACAAAGAUGCACUCCCUUUCUCUUCUUCCUCUCGUACAAUUUUCAUUCGCCAGUGCAGAUUGACUGAAAGAGGUUCAAACUCAGAAGACCCUGCGGUGAUACCUUUGACUGUGCAGCUAUACUCAGUUGAUUUUUUUAUGCCCAACACACACUUGUGUAUGUGUGCUUGUUAGUAAGGUGUUGUAGCAUUUUUUUAUUCACAUUUGUCGCCUUUUGAAAAAGAAAAAGGAAUUCACUGUUUAAAAGAAAAAAGAAAACCUGCGCUCUCUGGCCAGUGUGUUACAUUUUGCAAUCUCAGAGGCCACAGCUUCCUGGUGUCACACAGCUCCAUUCCCUGGCUGGUCUGGUUAAAUCACACUGUUUCGUCCACCACACACACAAUGUUAAAGCACAAGAGAUUCUGGCAAUGCAAAAAAGAAAAACAAAAUCAAUCUUUACAAAAGGAAUAAGAUCAGUUAGAACACUAUGUUUGUCUUUGACUAAAUGUUUUCUAAAAAAAUUUUUUGCUCUGUUGCCAACGUUUUAGAAAGAUUUUUGGAUUGAUCGGCUUCCACUUUGUCUACAAUGGUCUGUUCAUUGAAGUUUGACAGCUGAAAUAGAGAGGAUUUAUGCUCCAAUACAAGAAGAAAAACAAUUUAUAUUGCAUACCAAGACCAUCUAUGUUCUACAUAUUGUAUAGUUAUUAUUCCUCCUGUACAGAGAAGGGAUUUUAAUGGAAAUGAAAGGUACACUAUGAGAGAUUGGGGUUCCUGUGAUGAUCUUGCUGCAUUUUAUUGCUUCCCUCUACAAAUCCUUCCAUGUCAUCUGCUCUGCAUGAGCCCUGGUGUCAGCUUUUUGCUAAAGUUGCAUCCCUGUCCUUGUUAAAUGAUGUACUGUUUAAGUAGUCUACAGUCUAAAGUGCAUGUGUGCCAAGCCCUCGUCUAGUGCUGUUCCAAGUGGUGAGAAAAGAAAAAAAAGAAAGUGUGGUUUUUAUCAGUUGCUGUUUCCACAGGUCUUCUGUUUAUAGGUUUGUCUUUGGUUUCUGUCAGAGUUAGAAUGAGUUUAUUUAACACUGAAGGGAUGAUACUGAUGUCAGCAGUGCAUUUAUCAUGUAUCUGCUGUUUAUUCAAUAUUAUGUUUAUUGUUUGUUUUUGUUUUUGUUUUGUUUUUUUUGUCGCUGCAUAAUUAAACUAUCCAUACAUCUUUUGGGAAACUGCUCAACAUCACCAAAGCUAGAGGGAUGAGAAUGGAAAUGUUUGUGUUUGCUUGGCCCUGCGUAAAACUGUGAGUGCAUGCCUGUCUGUGUGUGUGUGCGUGUGUGUGUGUGAGAGAGAGAGAGAAGAGAGGUGAUGGUAGGACACAGUUUAUCCAUCACUGCUGUUUAAGAAGUGAUUUUCUAAGCAGUAUUGGUGCAAACCUUUUGUCACAUUUGUUUUCAAUUUCACUUUUUUGAGAAGAGUGCUGUUCAGUAUGCAAAUGUAUUAUUUUUUAAGAAAUGCUAUUGUACUGUAAAUAUCAUUGUGAAUAUUUUUGUAUCAUCUCGAUAAUCUUUGUUCUUUGAUCAUUAGUCGUUCAAACCUAACCAUGUAUGCUCCCAGACCCAGCCACCCCAUCAGACCACUGGAUUUGUUUGUAACCAGCUGUUUCUCCUAAAAAAAAAAAAAAAAAAAAUGACUCGAGUUGAAAUCAGUUCAUACAUCUCAUAAGCUAUUUCCUGCAGGUCGUUACGUUUUCUCAUCCCUUUUCCACACCUGUCAUCUCUCACUGUUCUUCUCUUCCCUGUGUCACAUGAUUGUGUUGCAUCAUUUCAUGUCUCAGAUAUCAAAACUCAGUUUGAAGCAAUAUUUUUAUUUCAUGCUAAAGUGAACUGAUCCGGCAACGAUCGAUGAUACUUUGCAUUUUUUUAGUGAUGCUGAGCUGCGAUGGUUUUAAAAACACGUGGUAUCAGCUGGCUUUCAGUGUAAUUAUUGAGCUAUGUGAAUAUCAUAAUUGUUGCUAAUUGUCAAUACAUGGUGGUAUUUUAAAGAUAUAUCACAACCAUAUUUUAAAGAAAUUCAUGAUAUUGUUUAUAUUUUUGUUAUAGAAAAACGUGGCUUUUUUAAAAGCAUGAGACCAUAUACAUUUUUAUCCCCUUUUUGUUCUUGGUAAAUUAUUUUGUACUGGUUUUCGUAUUAAUCUGUAAGGCUAGAAAUCCAAUUUCUUUCAACCAUAGCAAUGUGCUGAAUUAACCAACCUGAUUUUAUGUAAACAUUCUUUUAAAUGUGAUUUAAGGACUAUUAUUAUAAUUAUUAUUACCAUUAUUAUUUGUUCCAGCUCAGAGCACUGACAUGUUUCAUACCCAGUCACAAGGAGACAUCAACUUGUUUAACACACUGCCACAUCUUUUUUUUAAUUUUUUUUUUUUUAUCUGAAUUCAAAUUUCCAUGGGAUUAGUUAUUUCAUAGUUUGUUCUUACUUUCAAGUGAGUCAAUUUGGAGUUUAAGGCAGCACCCAAAAUCUAGAGUUGCACAAUCACAAUGAAGGGCCAUUUCUUUGGGGGAUGUUGUUUAAAAAAUAGAAAAAAAAAAGAAAAAUGUAAAAGGAUAUAUUUAAAAAAAAAGUGAGGGCCACAUUCAACUUCCUGGCACAAAAAAGGAUGCUGAGGGCUAGGCUAGUUAAAUGUCCCAAGGAUGUCUGUAUAUAUGUAAAUUAAUAUAGAGACGUGAACUGAAAUGUAUUCAUUUUCCCUGGGAAUGUGCAUUGUUUCUUCAGAAUAAUAAUUCUAAAAAAAAAAAAAAGCUUGCAACCCCUCUAACGGAAGUGGCUGAAUAUGGAAAAUGAAACAUGUUAGUUAGUGUCUGUGGGUAUCUCUCAGCAAUUUGUUCCCCUCUCUGUAAUAUACUUUCACCUCUUUUGUUAGGGGAACUGGGACAACUAUAUUUUACAUGUACUAUUUAGCCUAAGUGUUCUAGUCUCACCGGCAUACUCCGAGGUGCUAAAGCUUAAAAAAGGAAUUAAAAAAAAACAAGGUUACAAAGAAAACCGGUUCAAAUUGUGGAAAAUGGAGUUGGGAGUGAUGGGUCCCGAAGAUUGUAACCAAAUCCAUAGUUUGUACAAUUUUUGAUAUCAUGAACAGUUGGAAAAAUUAUAACAAUCUAAGAUGAUUCAUGCAAUGUGGCCAUUGUCUCUAUGUUUGUACAUUGUAUGUACAAUCAUUUCAUACUCUAAACUGGUCAGAAAAUAAAGGAACUAAUUGUGAUUUUUAGUCUUGCAGAACUGUAUGUAGUUAGAUGAUGUGACAUCCUAAUAUUUAUCUAAUAAAUAUGUAUUCAGAUGAUACCUGCGUCUCACCGUGA